AUGGCAGAAUUCGUACGCGCGCAGAUUUUCGGAACCACCUUCGAGAUUACCAGCCGUUAUACGGAACUGGCUCCCGUAGGCAUGGGAGCUUUCGGUCUUGUCUGUUCGGCAAAGGACCAGCUCACAAACCAGGCUGUCGCUGUCAAGAAGAUCAUGAAGCCUUUCAGCACACCUGUCCUUUCCAAGCGCACCUACCGCGAGUUGAAGCUUUUGAAGCAUUUGAGGCAUGAGAAUGUCAUCAGUCUUAGCGACAUCUUCAUCUCUCCCCUCGAGGACAUCUACUUCGUCACCGAGCUUCUCGGCACUGACCUUCACCGCCUGCUCACCUCGAGACCGCUUGAGAAGCAGUUCAUCCAAUACUUUUUGUACCAGAUCUUGCGAGGAUUGAAAUACGUCCACUCCGCCGGUGUUGUCCACCGUGAUCUGAAGCCCAGCAACAUCCUGGUCAACGAGAACUGCGAUUUGAAGAUUUGCGACUUUGGUCUGGCCCGUAUUCAAGACCCUCAGAUGACCGGUUACGUUUCGACGAGAUACUACAGAGCUCCAGAAAUCAUGCUCACCUGGCAAAAGUACGACGUCGAAGUUGAUAUCUGGAGUGUUGGAUGUAUCUUUGCCGAGAUGCUCGAGGGCAAGCCCCUGUUCCCCGGAAAGGACCACGUCAACCAAUUCUCCAUCAUCACCGAGCUUCUCGGAACCCCACCAGAUGAUGUUAUCCAGACUAUCUGCAGCGAGAACACCCUCAGAUUUGUCCAGUCCCUGCCCAAGCGUGAGCGUCAACCCUUGACCAAGAAGUUCAAGAACGCCGAUCCUCAAGCCAUUGAGUUGCUCGAGCGUAUGCUCGUCUUCGACCCUCGCACACGUAUCAGAGCAGGUGACGCUCUGGCUGACCCUUACCUCGCCCCCUACCACGAUCCUACCGAUGAGCCCGAGGCCGAGGAGAAGUUCGAUUGGUCCUUCAACGAUGCCGACUUGCCAGUUGAUACCUGGAAGAUCAUGAUGUACUCUGAAAUUCUCGACUACCACAACGUGGACGCUCAGAACGGUGAAGAAGUCGGAGUGCCUCAAUAG